AUGUUUCAGGCGUUUUAUGUAUUGAUGAAAGUAGGGAUAUUUCACCUAAAUAUAUAUUCAACAAAGCAAGAGGACGUUGGGAUGUACUACUGUGGAUUGGUGCGCUUAAACUUCAUAGAGUUUGGACCUGGAACCACCUUGAUGCUUAAAGGUAAUGCAAUUACUUGUAAGUUUAAAGUCAUACGCUGAUAAAUUAUAUGCUGAAAUAUAAUAUAUGACAUGAUUUAAAAAAAAAAAAUCAGUGAUUAUGAUAAGUCAAUAACAUUUCAUUUCAAAGGUACAAAGUUAAAUAGUAAUACUGUUGUCCAGAGAGCAUUUGUCUGAGUCAGUCCAGCCAGGAGACUCUGUGACUCUGAAGUGUACAAUACACACUGAGACCUGUGUAGGAGAACACAGUGUCUAUUGGUUCAGUCAUGGCUCAGGAGAAUCCCGUCCAGGAAUCAUUUACACCCAUGGAGACAGGAGUGAUCAGUGUGUGAAGAGCCCUGAGGUUGGGUCUCCUACACAGAGCUGUGUCUACAACCUCCCCAAGAAGAACCUCAGCCUCUCUGAUGCUAGGACUUACUACUGUGCUGUGGCCUCAUGUGGAGAUACUGUUUGGGAACGGGACCAAGCUGAACAUUCAUGGUAAAUCCCAUUUAAUCUGUAAAUAUCCCCAACCAUACUGUAUAUUUAUGCAAACGGCCUACCUCCAAAUGACCCCAUACAUUUGUCUCAACAAGCUAUACAAUAACACCAUUAGCUUUUGAUUCCAUAUUUUUCUGUUUAAUGAAAUUUCUAAGCGCUCAUGAAUACAAUAUGAAUUCCCUGAUACCCUUUCCACAGUUCCAGAGCACGAUUCUCCAUUUGAUCAGUCCAACUGUUCUGGCCUUGGUCGUCUCCAACAUCGUCCUGGGGAUAGUGACCCUUCUACUUGUCUGGGUGCUGUGCUGUUCGACCUAAUAUUCAGCAUAUUUGUGCUUUAUGUGUUAUUAAGCUUUAUUGGAAAUAAUAGGUCACUGUACUAGAUGAAGAUUUCUGAUCUUUGUGUUUGUUGUUAAUUUUUCCAUGGAACUUCUGUCUGUCACUGUUCCACUGACUGUCAGGUCAUUGUAGUGGGUGUACAGUCUGAACAGUCAUGUCUUUUGUGGAGUGUUUUCUUCCACAGGAGAAUAGAAACAUUAUAUAGUAGAUCAUGCUAUCAUCAUAAUGUAUUUCCUCAUGGCUCCACCACCCUCAGAAUCAAGACAGUGACGUAUUGAACUAUGCAGCUGUGAGUUUCACCCCCAAGAAGAACUCCUCCUCCUCUAGAAGAGCAAGAGAGAAGACCAGCAGAGAGGAUGCAGUGUACUCUGAGGUCAGGCACCUGCAGCAGCAGUGA